CGACGACCAAACUCAAAUGAAAAUCAUAUCAUUUUUCAUUUUAUAAAUACACGAAAACUAUAAAAUAAUGAUUCCCGGUGUAUUAUAAUAAAAUCUUUGUUAGAACAACAGCAAAAUUGUGGUUAUUUUUUUCCGGUAAUUUUUUUUUUUUUUUUGAAACCCUCUUUAUGUUUUAAUCAUAAAAUGACAGUAUUGUUAAUGAGCUCAACAACAACAACUACAACAUCAACGACAACAGUGACAACGACGACGAAAACCAAUGAUCAAUCUACAUUAACCGCAGAAUCAUCAUCAUCAUCAACGACGAUAUCAACAUUACCAAUAAUCAAUAUGACCUCAUUGUCAACGACAACAUUAACCACCGAUAAUUCUACAACAACAACAACAACGACAACAACAAGUACAUCAUCAUCACAGAAACCACCUAAAUCAUCGAUUGAUAACGGAAGUGAAGAAAGUGACAAAAUCAGUAAUAAUAAUAAUAAUAAUAAUGAUGAUGAUGGUGAUAAAAAAAUGAAUUCAUCUGAAAAUUGUAGUGAUACAAUCCAAACAUCAUCAUCAUCAUCAACGUCAUCAAAUAAAACAGUGCAACAGUCAAUAACAUCAUCUUCGAAUGGAAAACAUGAAAAACGUGAAGAUUCAGAUAAUGAUUCAUCAUCAUCAUCACCAUUGAAUCAUACUCUAUCAACACAAUCAUUUGAAUUACCGGUGAAUAAUGAUAAUGUUGAUGUUGCUGAAUUAGCACGUUUAAAAGCUGCUAAAUUCAUUCAAGAACGUACGAAGAUGGCUUGUUUAUUGCCAUCAUCAUCAUCAUCCACAUCUGCAUCAUCUCCUGAUGGUAGUGGACGUUCAUCAACAAAUCAUUUAUUUUCAUCAUCAUCGAUACAUUCCUCUUCUACUUCUGGUCAACAAUCAUCAUCAUCAUCAUCAAGAAAACGUAAACUUACUGUCAAAGAUAUAUUGGUCUCACAAAGAAAUCGUAGUAGUAAUCAAGAUCAUCAAGUAAAUCUUGUUCAUAAUAAACAUCAUCGUAUACAGAAUAUUGUUGAUAAUAAUAAUUCGACAACAUCGACAAUUCUUCAUCAUCAAUCACAAACACAGCCAUUUGCUGGUCAUUUACAAGGUUUUACCAAUCAAAUGUUUGGACCAUUGGCUGGAAUUCUUGAUCCAGCUAACGCUGCUGCUGCUGCUGCUGCUGCUGCCAGUAUGUUGCCACCACCAUCAUCAUCAUCAUCAUCGUCAGCAUCAAUAAAUGAUCCAAAUAUUAAUCCAUUGGCAGCUAUUUCGGCAGCAAUAGCUGCUGCAGCAACAAAUUCCGGUAGUGGUGCUGCUUCUGCCGGCAUAAUUCAAGAUCAACAACAACAACAACAACAAUCAGCACAUGCAUACAUAUCACAACUUGCCUCAACACUUUCAGCAACAAAUCUACAAACAACAAAUCCAACGGCUGCAUUUGCUUUGAUGGCUUCAAUUAGUGCAAUGAUGCAACAACAACAGCAACAGAAUCUUACACAAAAAGAAUUGGAUCAUCAAUCGACAUUAUCAAAUUCUACGGCCAAUAAUAAUAAUCCAUUAAGUCAAUUAACAAAUUCAUUGAUUAGUCUAGAAUCAACAUUAUCAUCUGUCAACAACAACAACAACAACAAACAACAACAACAACAACAACAUUCCAAUCAAAACGAUAUUGGUCAUGAUGAUGAUGAUAAUGGUAAAAUGACCAAUGAUAUGAGUCCAAUGGAUUUUAGUUUUAAAAAUUCAAAAAGUUCCGAUUUACUGUUGUUGAAAAAUUCAUCAAGCAUUAAACGUAAAUCAAAAAAGAAUUUAAUUGCCAAUAAUAACGAUAAUAAUAGCCAAACGAAUGAAGAUGUAGAAUUUCCUUUAGAUCUUACUGUUUCACAGAAACCUAAGUCAUCAUCAUCAUCAUCAUCAUCAUUAUCUGAUCAUGAAGCAUUGAUGGAGAAUAUGGCUAAAUUAUCGAAAAAUAAUCCGCUAUCAUCGCUGGUAUCACAGGUAUCUGGUUUGAUUGAUAAUCAUGGUUCAUCACCAUCAUCAUCAUCAUCGGCUAAUGUUCAGGGUCCGAAUCAGGAUACAACAAAUUUUGCAGCUAUGGCAGCUGCUGCUGCUGCUGCAGCGGCAGCCGCAUCAUUCACACCAAAUAUUCUAACAAGAAUGGCCGCAUCUAUGGCAGCAGCUGGUGGUAGUGUUAACAAUAAUCCAUGGUCACAAUACGGAGCAUUACAGCAAGGUCUCAAUACAGCCAAAUUAGCACCAAAUGAUGCAGCGAAUUUACAAGCAUUUCAGGCAUUAUUUCAACAAGUCACUGGUAAUCAACAACCACCACCACAACCACCACCACCGAUGAAUGCACAAAGUCCCACAAUGAUGAAUAAUAAAUCGUCAAAUCAACAGCAGCAGCAUCAGCAACAACAACAACAACAACAGAAUCAACUAUUAAACGCCAACGCAUUGUUUCAACAAUCGUUUCCUGAUCUCUAUUCAUGGAACGGUGGUGUUGGAAAAGUUUCAAAAACGUCGACACCAUCGCCAUCUUUUGGCCCGUUAACGAGUCCGACACCAAGUUAUACUUCUUCCCGCCAUCAUCAUCAUCCACCGCCACCGGCUGCUUCGCAACCGAUGCGAACAAAAUCUAGUAGUGGUCGUCAGAAUCCAUGGCAAGCACAAUGGAUUAAUCGAUCUAGUGAACAAACACGUGAUGUAUUCACCUGUGUAUGGUGUAAAGAAUCUUUUAAAUCAUUGGCUGAAAUGACCGAUCAUAUGAAACGUUCACCAAGAUGUGGUAUGGCCGGUAUGCAACAACAUCAUGGUGCCGCUAGUGGAACAAGUAGCGGAAGUAGUAGCUCAAAUUCUAAUAGCGGUGGUGGUGGUGGUGGUCAUCAUCAUUCUCAUCAUCAUCAAACUACGACAACAACAUCAACAACAACAUCUUCAACGAAUUCAUCACAACAACAACAACAACAACAUUCUAAUUCUGGUCAUCAUCAUCAUCAUCAUCAGCAUCAGCAACAGCAGCCAAUUUCUAGUAAUGUUUUGCCAUCUGGUGGUAAUAAAUCGGGAAUUUCGUCCAUAUCAUCACCAUCAUCAACUUCAAUGAAUUCACCAUCUAUUUCCGGUCAGGUUAAUAAUAAAGAUACGAAUAUCGCAAAUUUAUUCACAAAUAGUAACACCUCUACAACAACAACAACAACAACAUUAUCAACAACCAACAAUAAAAAUAUUUCGGCCACCACCAAUAAUAAUAAUAAUCAAUCAAAUAAAUCUUCAACUACAACAUCUGCGGCUGCUGCUGCUGCUAUUGCAGCGGCAACUGCAGCCGCUGUAGCCGCAUCAUCUUCAUCGACAACCAUACAAUCAACACCACCACCACCGCCACCACCACCACCACAAUCAUCAACAACAUCGACAUCAACAUCGUCAUCAUCAUCAUCAUCAGGUGCUGUGAAUAUGCCAAGAAAAUUAGUACGUGGUCAAGAUGUAUGGCUAGGUCGAGGUGCCGAACAAACACGACAAAUUUUAAAAUGUAUGUGGUGUGGCCAAUCAUUCAAAUCAUUAGCCGAUAUGACUCAGCAUAUGAAAGUUACACAACAUUAUACGAAUAUUAUAUCACAGGAACAAAUUAUUUCCUGGCGUAAUCCUGAAGAAUCAUCAUCAUCAUCGAAAUCUCAACAUCAACAACAACAACAACAGCAGCAGCAACAACAACAAUCACAACAACAACAAGUGUUAACCUGUAAAGUUUGCGAUGAAUCAUUUACAACAUUAAAAGAAUUAUCAAAUCAUAGUAAAAAUUCACAUUUUAAAGAUCAACAACAAAAUCCAAAUUCCGGUAAUAAUGUGAAUCAAAAUGAUCGAAGAAAAAAAUCAUUACCUGUACGUAAAUUAUUAGAAAUGGAACGUGGCAGUGGUAGUGGUGAAAAAAAAUCCAACAAUUUUAUCAUUGAUAAUGAUGAUGAUGACUAUGACGUUGAUGAUAAUGAUGAUGAUGAUGAUGACGAUAAUGACGAUAAUGGUAAUGAAUCUGGAUCAGAAAAACCGAAUAAACAAUUGAUUGAAUGUGAUGAUUGUAAUGAAAAAAUUGAAGCUCGAAGUUUUUUACAACAUAUCAAACAAUGUCGAUCAACAAAAUCCAGUAGUGCUUCCAACAACAACAGUAAUAAUAAAAAUAUUUGUGAUCAAAUUGGUGAUCAUUCAAUGAAAAAUGGUGGUGGUGGUCAAAAACAUAGUGAUUCUGAAAGUGAAUCAUCAGAAAAUCGUCAUACAUCAUCAUCGAAUAUAAUCAAUCCUUUUGAUUCGAUUGGUAGAAAUUUGAUGAAAAAAUCCGGUGAUGAUAAUAAUUCAAAAUUGUAUGAAAAUGAUGUCGAUGAUGAUCAUAUAGAUGAUGAUAAUUCUGAACGUAAUACACCGGUUAUGAAUCAUAAUAAUAAUAAUAAUAAUAAUAAUAAUGAUGAUAAUAAUGCUGGUGGAAAUGUAUUGAGUGCAUUGGAAAAAUUGAUUGAAAAAAACUUUGAUACAAAAUCACGACGAUCUCAUCAAACAGGUAUACUUCAACGUUUAGGUAUUGAUGAAGAAGUAUUUCCGCCAUGGCAAAAUAUGGCACCUAGUCCAAUUUCUCCGGCAUCAAUGAUGGCCGUAGCUGCUGCUGCAUGGAAUCCAUCAAACGGUGGUGGCAACAGUGGUGGUCUAGUUGGUGAUUAUUCACGUAGCAGUAGUAGUAAUAGUAAUCAUAGUGGUAGCCAUCAUCAUCAUCAUCAUCAUCGUGGUAUUAUGAAUUCCGGUGUUGGUGUUGGCGGUAAUUCAUCAGCCACAAUGGUAAUACCACAGCUACGAUAUCGUCGUAAUUCAUCAUCAAGUCAUUCAUUUAAAGACAAAUAUAUAAAUGCAGCUGCAUUAUGUAAAACGAUAACCACCGAAAGUAAUGGAUCAUUUAGUAGUUCACAAGAAACUGAAGAAGAAUCAUGUGAUGAUUCUAAUUCAGAAUAUGGUAAUAACAAUAAUAAUAAUCUAACUAAAUCUAGUAAACGAAAAAAGAAUUCAUCACCGAAAAUGACAGGAAAAUCAUCCACAAAUAAUAAUCAUCGUGGUAAUAUUGGUUUUAAUUUUCCCAUAUCAUCAAUGUUAAGUUCACCAAUACCACCAGCACGUCCAACAUCAGCUUCAUCGACUGCAUCGUCAUCGAUAUCACCAUCAGAAGCACAUUCCAUUGGAACGUUGAAUUCAAAUGCAAUUAAUAAUAAUGAUCUUUUGAAUCGAUUAACACCAAAUAGUAGUAGUCAUCGUAGUGAAACCGAUGAUGAUCAAGAUCAAAGUCCAUUGAAUUUAUUCAAAAAAGCUAAACUAAGUAAUGGCACAUUGAACAAUGAUGAAACCGAUGAUGAUGAAGUGGAUGAUGAUGGUGAAGAUGGUGAGAAUCGAUCAAGAAAUGGUGACACAACAACAGCUAAAGCGGCUUCACAUCAUCCACUAAUGCAAUUACAAAAAUUAUUGGAUAAAACGGAUAAUAAUACCGGUAGAAGAAAAAAUUCAUCACAUCACCACAAUCAUCAACGUCGAUCAUCACCAUUUAAUCAAAAUUGGAACGAUACAUCAAGUGUACGAUCACCGGCUGGAUCAUCAAUAUCCGAUCAUCAACGAUCAUCACCACGAACAUUGACACCGAAUCGAAUUGGAUCACCAGCGUCAAUAAAAUCCAAUACCACCGAACAAGAAUCAAAUGUUGCGAUGGCAUCACCAUCAUCAUCACCAACAUCGAAUUAUUUACAAAUGAAAUGUGCAUUCUGUGCAACGCCGAUUUCAUCACGCAAUGAAUAUCGUGUACAUUUAGCUAAAAUACAUUUAUCUAUGCGUGAUUCUGCAGAUAUUUCAGCCAUAUCCGAUGAAGAAUUAUUGCUAUUAGUUUUGGCUAAAAGUUCUAAUCUUCCAUUGGUCAAUAGUUUAACAACAUCGGGUAAAAAUCCAAUGGCUACUACCACCACAUCAUCAACUAUAACAACAACAACGUCAACAACAAAAUCAGCCAAAGAAUCACGACGAAAAUCAUCACGUACAUCAUCAUCAUCAUCACAUAAUAAUAAUGUACAUGAUGUUGAUUCAGAAAUGGCAAAUGUUGCCGCUGCAGCUGUUGUUGCAGCAGCAACAGCAUCAAAAUCAAACGCAUCAUCAUCAUCAUCAUCAUCACAAUCACCACCGAUAGAAACAUCGCAAUCAAAAUUUUUAAAAUAUACAGAAUUGGCUAAACAAUUAUCGAGUAAAUAUGUCAAUUAAAAAAAUUCUGGUUCAUUUGAUGAUUCUAAAUGAUGAUCAUCAGA